AUGCCACGGUUUUUCUGCGACUACUGCCACUCCUACCUAACUCACGAUACUCCCAGCGUCAAAAAGAGCCAUUUGCUGGGUAAAAACCAUGUACGUCUGGCCGGCGACUACUAUUGCAACAAAGCCCGUCAAGUCGCCCAGCAGUUCUUUCCCCGUACUCGUAAGACGGACACCAGACAUGUCCAGAAUGGUAAGGACGUGAAUAGAAUUUCUCACCGCAAAAUCCCGCUACACUGCGCUACUAAUCGCCAGAAAAAGAUGGCCCGUCGCAACAAUGCUAUCAGAGCGCAAGAACUAUCUGCUAAAAUACAAGUUUUGGACAAACUGUAUGGAAAAUCACCAGGGUAUGCGAAAGUCUUCAAACCGGAGUGCAGACUUGAUACCGGCCAAUCCGUGCGACUGGAUCGUGCUCCCCAACGUGCUAACAGAAAACCGAAUCAUACAGACGUACCGGGUUCGCGCGGAUUCGGCGGUGGCAGUGCAACAGCAGCUCUUUCCGUGCGCAACCAGAAGUUCAGGCCCGACUAUACCUCUGCUAGAAGUCUGGCGCUACUUCCGCCUCCGCCAUCUUUAUCCCAAUGGCCCACCUGUCCUCCUUUGCUGCUGGCCAGCGACCGAGCAACCGCCACCACACUCCGGGAUGCCACACACAGACUGGAGCGGCAUUGA